AUGGCCCCGACCAAGCUUCCCCCUGAGACAGGCACCUACAGGGUCACAGACACAAGCCUCACUCAUCUCACAGUGCACAGCCGGACGGGAGAGGUCUAUGUGGGAGCAGUGAACUUGGUCUAUAAGCUGUCUGCCAACCUAACAGAGCUGCGUUCACACAUGACUGGCCCCGUGGAAGACAACGCCAAAUGUUACCCCCCUCCCAGCGUCCGAGCCUGUGCACAUAAACUGGAGUCCUCUGACAAUGUCAACAAGUUGCUGCUGGUUGAUUACGCUGGCAACCGCCUGGUAGCAUGUGGAAGCAUCUGGCAGGGUGUGUGUCAGUUCCUGCGGCUGGAGGACCUCUUCAAGCUGGGAGAGCCCCAUCACCGUAAGGAGCACUACCUCUCUGGAGCCAGGGAGGCCGACGGCAUGGCAGGAGUGGUGGUUGACAGAACAGAAGGGAAGUGGAAGAAUGAGAAGAAGGGGGGCAGUCGGCUGUUCAUCGGUGCAGCCAUCGAUGGCAAGUCAGAGUAUUUCCCUACCCUGUCCAGCCGUAAGCUGGUCGCUGAUGAAGAGAGUGUUAACAUGUUCAGUCUGGUCUACCAGGACGAGUUUGUGUCCUCACAAAUCAAGAUACCCUCCGACACUCUGUCCCUCUACCCGGCGUUUGACAUCUACUACGUGUAUGGAUUCUCCAGCCGUACCUACAUCUACUUCCUCACGUUGCAGCUGGACACACAGCUCACCCAGAUGGAUGCCACUGGUGAAAAGUUCUUCACCUCCAAGAUAGUGCGGAUGUGUUCCAAUGACACCGAGUUCUAUUCGUAUGUGGAGUUCCCCCUGGGUUGCACCAAGGAUGGGGUGGAGUACCGGCUGGUCCAGUCCGCCUACAAGCACCGUCCAGGUCGGAUGCUGGCCCAGGCCUUAGGGCUCUCUGAGGACGAGGAUGUGCUGUUUGUGGUGUUCUCCCAGGGCCAGAAGAACCGGGCCAACCCGCCUCGGGAAACAGUCCUGUGUCUCUUUACCCUGCAUCAGAUCAACCUGGCCAUGAGGGAGAGGAUCAAGUCGUGCUACCGUGGGGAAGGCAAGCUGUCCCUGCCAUGGCUGCUCAACAAGGAGCUCCCAUGCAUCAACACGGUGAGUCAUCACCAUUUCUUUUUAGUAAUUCCACUUCAAAUGAAGUACUUCUAUCCAGCCUCAGGCCCCAGCCCCGGAGCCAAUAUUCUGCUUGGUUUACUUGCAUAUUUCAUCCAUACCUCAUUAACUUAAAUAGCCCAAAAGCCCAAUGAAUAUAUUGAAACAUUUAAAGAUUUAAAGAGAUUUUUGCAUCUACUUACACAUUUUGAGAUUUUGGUUGUUUUGGUACUUUUAAUAUGAGUACUUUCAAAAAGUAAAACAAAAAAAAAGUAAAUGUCAACAUGUCAAAAACUUUAUGUAAAUGUAUAUUCAUACUACCGUCAUCAAGAUUUCAUGAAUUUUAAACACUUUUAAAUGGCCAUACAUCCAUCAUUUCAAAAGCUCACUACAUUGAAUCACAAAUAAUUGUAAAGCCCAUUUAAUACAGAAUGUUAGAAACUGGAGUAUGUAGUAACUUACUUUUAAGAGAUAGUGAUUGGGUCAAAAUAGGCAUUUGGCGAUUGGUAGGCUGAAUUCAGUGUACAUGCCUUUAACUGCCAUUUCCCGAAAGUCAGAAUCUUCCCACACACCAACAAAUUUCUCUCAGCUUCAGAAGCAUCUACAUUCACCAACGUUUGUGUGGUUAUCCUUCGAAAUAUUAUCCAGACUUACUCACAGGGAAUUGUUGAUAUGUUGUCAAAGUUUUAUUCUAGAUAACAUUUUCUUAUAUUUUUUUUGCCAAAAAUGCUUUUUACGUAUGUCUUUAGUAUUUUACAGCUUCAUGAAGUAGUCACCUGGAAUGCAUUUCAAUUAGCAGGUGUGCCUUCUUAUAAGUUAAUUUGUGGAAUUUCUUAACGCUUUGAGACAAUCAGUUGUGUUGUGACAAGGUAGGGGGGGUAUACAGAAGAUAGCCCUAUUUGGUAAAAGACCAAGCCCAUAUUAUGGCAAGAACAGCUCAAAUAAGCAAAGAGAAACGACAGUCCAUCAUUACUUUAAGACAUGAAGGUCAGUCAAUCCGGAAAAUGUCAAGAACUUUGAAAGUUUCUUCAAGUGCAGUCGCAAAAACCAUCAAGCGCUAUGAUAAAACUGGCUCUCAUGAGGACCGCCACAGGAAUGGAAGACCCAGAGUUACCUCUGCCACAGAGGAUAAGUUCAUUAGAGUUACCAGCCUCAGAAUUUGCAGCCCAAAUACAUGCUUCACAGAGUUCAAGUAACAGACACAUCUCAGCAUCAUCUGUUCAGAGGAAACUGUGUGAAUCAGGCCUUCAUGGUCGAAUUGCUGCAAAGAAACCACUACUAAAGGACACCAAUAAGAAGAAGAGACUUGCUUGGGCAAGAAACACGAGCAAUGGACAUUAGACCAGUGGAAAUGUGUAUUUUGGUCUGGAGUCCAAAUGGGAGAUUUCUGGUUCCAACCGCCAUGUCUUUGUUAGAUGCGGUGUGGGUGAAUGGAUGAUCUCUGCAUGUGUAUUUCCCACCGUAAAGCAUGGAGGAGGAGGUGUCAUGGUGUGGGGGUUCUUUGCUGGUGAUACUGUCUGUGAUUUAUUUAGAAUUCAAGUCACACUUAACCAGCAUGGCUACCACAGCAUUCUGCAGCGAUACACCAUCCCAUCUGGUUUGGGCUUAGUGGGACUAUCAUUUGUUUUUGAACAGUACAAUGACCCAACACACCUCCAGGCUGUGCAAGGGCUAUUUUACCAAGAAGGAGAGUGAUGGAGUGCUGCAUCAGAUGACCUGGCCUCCACAAUCACCCGACCUCAACCAAAUUGAGAUGAUUUGGGAUGAGUCGGACCACAGAGUGAAGGAAAAGCAGCCAACAAGUGCUCAGCAUAUGUGGGAACUCCUUCAAGACUGUUUGAAAUGUAUUCCAGGUGAAGCUGGUUGAGAGAAUGCCAAGAGUGUGCAAAGCUAUCAUCAAGGCAAAGGGUGGCUAUUUGAAGAAUGCCAAAUAUAAAAUAUAUUUGGAUUUGUUCAACACUUUUUGGGUUACUACAUGAUUCCAUAUGUGUUAUUUCAUAGUUUUGAUGUCUUCACUAUUAUUCUACAAUGUAGAAAAUAGUCAAAAUAAAGAAAAACCCUGUGAGUAGCCAAUGAGUAGGUGUCCUAAAACUUUUGACCAGUAGUGUAUAUAUCAAUAAUUUGUAAAUCCGGUCCUAACAAAAUGAAACCAAAAUAUUUAGGCUGACUUUAUCCAGUGUCCACAAAAAUAUAUUUGCGGUAUAUGCAAAUAUGCUCAAAUGUAAUGACAUAUCACCUAAUUUGCAUAUGUUAUACAAUAUUUCAGAAUUGUAAUCAAGGGUUGAAGAAAAAAAAAUCAAAUCGUUUCGUUUUGUUCUGAACAGAACCAUCUUUUUUUUCCGUUCCGUUCCAAUGUUCCGACCAUCAAAAUAAUGUUCUGAACCGGUUCGUACCCAAAAUGUUUUAUUUUUUCUUCAUUUAGCUCGACAUUAAAUUAUUUCACCAAUCAGUGUGGCUAGAGCAGCUUGCUGUGGACCGGGUAAGCAAUUUAAUCUGUAUAGGAAAGUCGUGAAAAGAAAAUUGUAUUUUGCUGUAACAGCACGGUUUAAUCAGAAUGAAAGACAAACACACACACUGUGCUGCCAGUCACUUUGUAGGGCGCGAAAUGCAACUGACAUUUUGAGGGUGAGGAGAGAGGAUAGAGGAAGCUUGCCUUAAAGCGCUGGGCAUCUUGUUAUGACAUGCAUUAUCUGAAUUAGGCCUACAGAAUUAUAUCUAUGGAGGAGCGGCUUCUAUGGAGGAACUUUGAAUGUCUUUAAACUUUAAACUUCCUAUGAUAUCUUAACCACUCUCCCCUUAUGAGCUAUGAUGACUAUUUUGGUAUUUCUUCCAUCCAGAAUUUUUUUUUUACAGAAUGAAAUCCCUGCUGAUCUAUACAAUGUUUGACAAAUUGAACAAUUUAUAUUACAGUAACUUUAUCCUGGAUAAGAAAUUAAGAACAUUUUAUCUCUAUAGAAGGAUAUCUCCUAUGAAGCUGACUCCAGUCGUAUCACUGUAUUACAGUAUCAUUUAUUUGGUUCACAGCUUCCCUGAGGCAACUCAUAAAACAUACAGUUAAGUUGUGAUCCAUUUAAAAAUACAGCAGGGCAUUUAAAGGAUUGCAUUUUAUUAGGGUACCUGUCUCAAGGAUUGAAAUCAGGAACAGUUGAAGAGCUUCUCCCAAAACUAUUCUGUACAUUUAUAAUGUCUGAGGGCACCCCACCCCCACCCAAACCCACCUCGUUAGUUUUUAGGGCAGAGCAAGGCAGAUGGUGAGGAGAACAACGCGCGUCAGUAGCUGACCUGGAUCCCUUUAGGACCUGGAUCCCUUUAGGAAGGCAGGGUUGUUUUUAUUAGGAGGAACAGGGCUCCCCAUAGCUGAUGCAGAUCAUCUCUUUUUGAUAAAUUAUGGCCUGCUUCAUCUGCAUUAUCUGCCCCUUCUCAUGCACAGCGAUAGCCCUUGACCUCAUAAUGAGAGUGUGCGUGCCAGACUCUCGCACAGGCCUUGUUUGAUACAUUUAUCCUUCAUAAAGGCUCAUCAACAACCGUUUGCUCCUCCCACACCGGCAUGUUUCAGACUGACAUGGUCAGCCUACCCACUGGGCAAAAAGUUGUUGAAUCAACAUUGUUUCCACGUUAUUUCAACCAAAAUAUUCAAUGUGAUGACAUUGAAUCAACGUGGAAAACUGAUUGGAUUUGAAAAAAGUGGUUAACAUAAGGGAAUUUUGUAUUUUUUCAAACAAAUAUUCGACCUAAAUCCAAUGACAUGUAGAAUUGUUUUUUGAUUUCACGUUGAAUUAUCAUUAGUUGACAACUCAACCAAAUGUAAAUCAAAACUAGACGUUGAACUGACAUCUGUGCCCAGUGGGUAGCUUUCGGAGCAAAAAUAAAUAUCUCUAUUUAACAUGAAUGUGCAGUUUCACCUGUGCUCAGAGGGGUAUUUCUUAUUACAUUUCUUAUCUUAAUAAUUGAUGGCAUGGUCAUUUUUCUUUAUGUACCCCUAGAGGUGUAUAAAGAAAGCUCCCAAAACCUAUUACCGUUUUCUGUAUUCCAGGCCCCAAAUUAGUAAAUAGGCUACAUUUGAUCCAAUACCUUGAUACAUUCUGAACAUUGUCCCCUUCUUGUUUUGUUUUGCAGCCAAAGCAGAUUGGGGAUGAUUUCUGUGGGCUGGUGUUGAACCAGCCUCUGGGGGGUCUACGGGUGAUAGAGGGGACCCCUCUGUAUGAUGACCGCGUAGAUGGCAUGGGAGCAGUAGCAGCCUACACCUAUGGAGACCACUCAGUGGUGUUUGUGGGAACCCGCAGCGGACACCUCAAAAAG